AUGGCAAAAUCAGUACAAGAAAAGUCGGCAGCGACAGUAGCAGCUGACAAUGAGGUGGGUCAGGUAGUCGAUUACCAGGCGCAGGACCAUGGCGCCGACUCGGGGCUCAUUCGUUCGCUGGAGACGCGCCAUCUCCUCAUGUUCUCGAUCGGUUCGUCAAUUGGAAUGGGUCUUUGGUUGGGUUCCGGCACAUCACUUGCUUCUGGUGGUCCUGCUGCUAUUUUCCUGGGUUAUUGGAUUGCAGGCUCCAUUGCCUGGCUUCUCAACCAGGCAGUGGGCGAACUGGCCGUCCUGUAUCCUGUUCCAAGUGCUUUUCCCCAAUGGUCGCGGAAGUUCAUUGAUCACGCCGUAGCACUCACUGUCGGCUGGUCGUACUGGUUCUCCGGAUCCAUUACCCUUGCCAACGAGCUGCAGGCCAUCGUCACGGUGCUCAGGUUCUGGGACGACACCGUGCCGACCGCCGCAUGGCUGUCAAUCUUCCUUGUGGCAAUCUUCCUCAUCAACGUCUGCGCCGUGCGUAUUUUUGGUGAAGCGGAGGCCGUCAUGUCCACGGUCAAGCUUCUCUGGAUUGUCAUCGUGAUCAUCUGCGGCAUCAUAAUCAGUGCCGGCGGCGCCCCCAACCACAAGACUACUGGUUUCGAAUACUGGAACUCCAUGCCCUUCACCCACGGAUUCAAAGGCUUUCUCUCAGUCAUGGGCACCUGUAUCUUCGCUAUGUCCGGCUCCGAAAUGGGCGGCCUGGUCGCCGCCGAGGCACGCAACCCUCUCAAGGCCGUCCCUAAAGCCGUCAACGCCAUCUGGAUUCGCCUCUCUCUCUUCUACAUCCUUGGCGCCCUAAUCGUCAGCAUUACCGUGUCGCCGCUCAACGAGAAUCUCUUUGGCGGCGAAGGCGUCAACGCCAGUCCCUUCGUUAUUGCCUUCCGUGAUGCAGGGCUUCCGGGCCUCGCGCACGCCAUGAACGCCGUCAUCUUCAUCUCCGUCCUCUCGUGCGGCAAUGCCCAGGCAUACGCCGCCACGCGAACCCUUGUCGGUCUCGCCGAGAUUGGAAUGGCACCUAGCUUCCUCCAGAAAUGUGACAAGCAAGGCCGCCCCUACUACGCCGUCGCCCUUACCUUCCUUGUCGGUGGCGGUCUAUGCUACCUCAACGUGAGCAACUCCGGAGCCACCGUAUUCGGCUGGUUCUCCAGCCUCACUUCUCUCUGCACGCUGUAUCUCUGGGGCAUGAUCUUCGUCUGCCACAUCCGGUUCCGUGCCGCGUGGAAGGCGCAGGGCCGUCAUGUCAGUGAUCUUCCCUGGAAGACCUGGACUUGGCCGUGGGGGUCGAUCUAUGGGCUUAUUUGGUGCAUCCUGCUCGUCAUCGUCGAGUUCUAUUUGGCUGUUUGGCCGCUCGGAGAACCAAGCUCUGCGGAGACCUUCUUUGCUAACUAUGUCUCCGUCGUGGCGAUCGUGGUCAUGUUUAUUGUUGCUAAGAUAUAUUAUCGUGGGCCGCUCUGGAUUAAGGCGAUGGAUAUUGACCUCGACACGGGCCGUCGGUUCUAUGUUGACGAUGUUGAUGCGCUGAAGAAGAGGACUCUUAUGAAUAAGGUGGUGGACUUUUUUACCGGUGAUGGAAGUGUGUAG